CAACACUACUAUAUAACAAAUAAUUUGAGGGUCUGUAAUGGCACAGCAACUAGUUAAGAGGGUCACCACGCACCCCACCCUUAGCCGGGGGACAUUCCGACUGCUCACCAUAGCAACCGCUCCAGCACCCUCUGAAGAGAAGGUUGAGAGGUACAAGUCACCUUAUCUCAUUUUUAACAAGGAUGAUCCUCUUAACUUGGACAGCUUGCUUACUGAGGAGGAGAAGAUGAUCAGGGACCAGAUGUAUGAGUACAGUCAGGACCGUCUCAUGUCACGUGUUACCCAAGAGUUCCGUAACGAAACAUUCGACAAGAACUUCUUCAAGGAGUUGGGAGAGUUGGGGGUUCUGGGGCCCACUAUUCAGGGGUACGGGUGUGCGGGGACUAGCUCUGUUGCUUACGGGCUUAUCACUAGAGAGAUCGAGAGAGUGGACAGUGGAUACAGAAGUGCCAUGAGUGUUCAGAGUUCCCUGGUUAUGUGGCCUAUUUACGCGUACGGUACUGAGCAACAGAAGGACAAGUACAUACCAAAACUAGCUUCCGGAGAGUUUAUUGGAGCAUUUGGUCUAACAGAGCCCAACCACGGAUCAGAUCCUGCCAGCAUGGAAACUACUGCAGUGUACGAUAGUGGCACUGGGGAGUACGUUAUGAACGGCACCAAAACUUGGAUCAGCAACUCCCCAAUAGCUGACGUGUUUGUAGUCUGGGCUCAGUGCGAAGGAAGGAUUAAGGGCUUCAUUGUUGAGAGAGAUAUGGCUGGGUUGACGACACCUAAGAUUGAGGGCAAGUUUUCACUGCGAGCCAGUGUUACGGGCCAGAUAGCUAUGGACGAUGUCAGAGUGCCUGCUGCUAAUCUUCUGCCUAAAAUUGACGGAUUAGGGGGUCCAUUCGGUUGUUUGAACAAUGCGAGAUACGGAAUAGCCUGGGGAACUAUGGGAGCAGCUGAAGCCUGUUUUGACGUGGCCCUGCAGUACUCUCUGGACAGGUGCCAGUUCGGAAAACCACUGGCUAAGAACCAGUUGAUUCAGAAGAAGUUUACAGAUAUGUCUACUGAUAUUGCACUGGGUCUACAGGGAUGUUUGCAGCUUGGCCGACUCAAAGAUCAGAACAUGGCUGCCCCAGAAAUGAUAUCGAUGAUGAAGCGUAACAAUUGUGGAAACGCUCUGGACAUCGCCAGAAAAUGUCGAGAUAUCUUAGGAGGUAACGGAAUAUCAGACGAAUACCACAUUAUCAGACAUGUUCUGAACCUCGAAUCAGUCAACACUUAUGAAGGUACACACGACAUCCACGCGCUGAUAGUUGGCCGUGCCAUAACCGGACUUCAGUCAUUCUUCUAAACGCAAAGAUAUGAGACAUGACCCUCAAUUAUUGUGUUAAAACUCACCACGAUACUGAAUAUCUUGUGUCGUUAUUAGAGAGAUAUAAAUAUUUCAAAAUAAAUGGAGAGUAUAGUUAUCAGAUUAUCAUACUAUACUGAUGUAAAACAGAAGACAAUUUAGCUCUUGGGCUUGAAUUAUGAGAAGCAAAAUUAAACAGAAUGUAGCUUACUUUGAAAAGUGACCCUUUUUGGUUUUUAGGUUCAUACUGAACAACAUUUGAAUCGGAAAUUGUCGUAUAAAGGAUUGUUAUAUUUUUAUUUAACGUUUGUUUCAAUAGAAAGUGAGCUUUUGCAAAAAAAAUCUGUAAUCUAGGGAAGAGUUCCAAAUAAAUUACUUAUUUUAUUGAUAAUAGAUAUCCAAGAUUUAUUGGUUGCUCUUGCAAAAGCGUAUGAUCCAUUAAUUCCCAUUUACUUCUUUUCUAGUGGUACUUAUAACAUCGAUUUUAAUCAGUGAAAGAUGUUCGUUCAAGAUUAUUUAUUGUUCCUAUGCUAUGGUUA